GAAGAUCACUGGGUAGAGAUUCUGCGCAUUUUUCUAGACGUUUAUGACGGCAGGCUGACGCCACUCUUAGACUUUCCAGUGGCGGAUGAGGAGGUCCGCAAGUCCAUGCUCCGAGACCGCCUCGGCAAGUUCUUGGCGCAUUUCUUAGAGUUCAAGCUGCAGCACGCGCGAGAGCUACGUAGGAGACAACUUCAGCAGGAAAAUCAAAGGUCCGCAAAUUUCGCGGGAAACUCUAGUUCUAGAUCGCAGGCGCAACUAGCUCAGUCCAGUGGAGGUGAGUUGUCGGAAGAAACAGUGACGCUGCUCCAAAGCGCAAUCGAGGUCGUCGUCGCCGUUUGCCUGAAGUGUGACCAGUAUCAAGCGCUCUAUCGAAACUUCUUUGAGCGUCUUAGUUCGCCAAAACAGCGCUUGUUUUUCCUGCAGGCAUUGGAGAGAUGGCUUUUGCUGGAGAAGAAUCUUGUAAAGGAACUAGACCCUGAGGUCUACAGUCACUUGCUGCAAACCUAUGCAGCGCGAUUGCAGGAAGAAGAGGCGGCUGCGACGGAGAGUUUCGGAAAAUUACAGUACCCAUCGCCAAACCAGAACUUGUUGGACGUGCCGACUUUCGUUCGACUCUUGGAUAACAGCGCUACGCAGAGUCAGAUGAAUCAGUCAAGUGCAACAAUCUUCACAGCCCUACCCGCGCAUUUGAAGGAAGAUUCUUUUUUGAAUGUGCGUUUAGGCGAAGACUUGCAGGUAGACCUGUUUCCGAGCGCUUUUCCUGCGGCUCUGCACCUCACGCGACUCGUAAUUUCGAGUCGCAA